GAGGCGCUCGAGGAGCCGAGCUGCUUUGGUGCAGUUUAUUCGAACUGUUUCGGACGUGGGGGCUUGAAACAGCAGAAACUGCAUGGACGGACUAACCAGAGCCCUUGCGUUUGAACACUGAGCGAAACGAAGACGGGGGACGGGGUGUUGCAGACAGCCCGAACGCCAACUGCAGCGAUUCCACCAAAACCAAGCAAGCAGGUGUUUGGAGCCAUGCCCUGCGUUCAGGCUCAGUAUGGGACGUCACCUCCUGGAGCCAGCCCUGCCUGCCAGAGUUACAGCUACAGCACUUCGGGAGAGUACAGCUGCGACUUCCUAACGCCAGAGUUCGUGAAGUUUAGCAUGGACCUGACCAACGCGGAAAUCGCCGCCGCUUCUUCUCUCCCUAGUUUUAGCACCUUCGUGGACAGCAACAGCCCAGGCUACGACGUGAAACCGCCCUGCCUCUACCAGAUGUCUCACUCAGGGGAUCAUCUCUCCGUGAAGGUCGAGGACAUAUCCAUGCACAGCUACCCUCAGCAGCCUCACCCACCAAACCAAGCCGAGGAGGGAAUAUCCCACACUGGACCUGUAUACUAUAAACCCUCCCCUCCGACCAUAAGUGCGUCGCCGAGUUUCCCCGCUGGUCCGCCUCACGCGUGGGACGACACGGGACCGCUCCACAGUUUUCACCAGAACUACUUGGCUACUUCUCACGCGAUGGACCAACAGCGGAAGAACGCUAUGUCGCGACUGUUCUCGUUCAAGCAGUCUCCCCCUGGCACGCCAAUGACCGGCUGUCAGAUGCGCUUCGACGGAUCUCUCCACGUGUCAGCUAACCCGGAGACUCCGGGUGCGCACCGGGCUUUGGAGAGCCACGGCUUCGCGGUACCGGGAGCGUUACGGAAACAGCACAGCGUGGGAUUCCCCCACCCUCUUCAUGUCGGUCACGGACACCCGUUAAUCGAGAGCCAGGUCGGCUCCCCGUCGUCCCGGGGCUCGCCGUCCAGCGAAGGACUGUGCGCGGUGUGCGGCGACAACGCAGCCUGUCAGCACUACGGUGUUCGCACUUGUGAGGGUUGCAAAGGUUUUUUUAAGCGCACUGUGCAGAAAAACGCCAAAUAUGUUUGUCUGGCCAACAAGAACUGUCCAGUCGAUAAAAGGAGGAGAAACCGAUGCCAGUACUGCCGCUUUCAGAAGUGUCUAGUCGUGGGGAUGGUGAAAGAAGUCGUGAGAACAGACAGUUUAAAAGGUCGACGGGGUCGACUCCCAUCCAAGCCGAAGAAUCCGCAGGACUUCCCGAACGCCUUAUCGCCCGCAAAUCUCCUAAGCGCCCUGGUGAAAACCCACAUAGACUCCAACCCCUCUGUGGGCCGCCUAGAUUACUCUAAAUUUCAGGCAGGUCCGGACUACCACAGUGCUGAAGACGAAACUGUUCAUAUCCAGCUGUUUUACGACAUUCUGACGGGCUCCAUGAACAUCAUCCGCGGAUGGGCAGAGAAAAUGCCGGGCUUCACAGAUCUCCCUAAAUGCGACCAGGAGCUCCUCUUUGACACGGCCUUCCUCGAGCUUUUCGUGUUGCGCUUGGCAUACAGGUCAAACCUGGUAGAAGACAAACUCAUCUUUUGCAACGGUGUGGUCUUGCAUAAGCUACAGUGCGUGAGGGCCUUCGGAGAGUGGAUCGAUUCCAUCGUGGAGUUCUCUGCGAACUUUCAAAGCAUGAACAUAGACAUCUCGUCCUUCUCCUGCAUAGCUGCCCUCACCAUAGUUACAGAGCGGCACGGUCUUAAAGAGCCUAAGAAGGUGGAGGAACUGCAAAACAAAAUUUUAAACUGCUUGAAGGAUCACGUGGUCUGCAGUAGCAGCGGCUUGAACUGCCAAAGUCGUCUGUCAAAACUGCUCGGAAAGUUGCCCGAGCUGCGCACUCUGUGCACGCAGGGACUUCAGCGCAUCUUUUACCUGAAACUCGAGGAUUUAGUCCCAACGCCUGCCAUCAUCGAGAAACUGUUCCACGACACUUUACCCUUCUGAACACGGGGCCUGCUAGCGAACUGUGACCAUUCCACUGGAGUUUUAUAAGGCACCCUCGUGCAGUCUCAGAUGCACUGCAGCGCGAGCGGACAGCAUGGAAUAAACACAUCUUCGAGACGAGACAGGAAUAAAAAAAACGCCUUGUAUCUAAUUUUUUUUUUCGGGGGGGGGGGAGGCACAACUCUGAUUAUUGUUAAUAGUUUAUUAUUUGAUUAACUAUAAUACGCUUAUUUCAAGUGCGGUUAAAAUGUGUUUGUAUUGUUACUCGUCGCAUAUUGCAUAAAAAGCAUGUAUAUAAAGACCAUUCUGAUGGUGAAACAUAACGUGAGGAUGACGCGUGCCCCGCAGAGAAACGAUGGGUGUUUAAUAGCAUUUAUCUCAUAAUCUGUUGCGGAUUUAAUGUGGUUACGUGGCCGGCACUGGCCUGAGUGGGAGAAGGAGGGCGUGAACCCCCAACAUUGAUGAGAGGAAACAAGAUUAUAGGCUUACCUUUGUUGUGUUUAUGACUUAAUAGUGUACCAAACCUUGCUGUUAUUUUUACGAUAUUUGUCAUAUUUUUUACAGGUCGCGAAAUAUGCAUGGAAUUUAUGAGCUAUGUUCUCCAGCACUUUGUAAUUUCAUAUUGAAAUAACGGUUGUGAGUUUUAUGUGCGUCUAGUUCCUUAACAUCAUGACAACACAUUCCGAUCCAUUGUUUUUAUUAAAUGAUAUCACUUGUUUUGCAGUACAUUUUGUGUAUAUCAUAAAGGUACCCGGUAUGAAUCUAAUGCUUUGCAAAAUAAAUUCGUGAAGCAAGACUCA